AUGUGCUACGAAAAUAAACAACUUGUAAUUCUAUUUGAACAGUCUUUUACCAAUGAAGAUGAACAGCUCAGUUCAGACGAAGAGGAAAAAGUAGACCAUAUCUCGCAGCGUAGUCUAGAAAGCGAUACAGAGCAGGAAUUGAGCGAUAAUGAGGAGCAAGAAGCGAUACCAACCAGUAACCAGCCGUUUUAUACCGGAAAAGAUGGUGUAACUAUAUGGUCUUCACAACCAUCUCGAAGUACUGCAAAAUCAGAAAAUAUAUCCCUAAAACCUGGCGUGAAACCAGUAGCAAGAAAUGCCAAGACAGAAAUGGAGUGUUGGAAACAUUUUAUAUCCGAUAAUAUGUUGGAACAAAUACUUUGUCAUACCAACGCUUUGAUAAAGCAGAGACAAUUAGCUGUCAGUAAAAAAUCGUGCGACUCUUUCAUGAAAGAAACGACAAUAGAUGAGCUAUUAGCGUUGUUUGGCUUGAUGUAUUUGGCAGGACUUAACCGUUCAAACCGCCAAAAUUUGAAUGACUUGUGGCGAACCGACGGCACUGGUGUAGAAAUUUUUAGAAAUACUAUGUCAGUGCAACGCUUUCAUUUUCUGCAUAGCCGUUUACGUUUUGAUGAUGCGGAAACACGUCGAAAAAGAAAAACAGUUGAUAAUCUUGCUCCAAUAAGAUCUAUUUUUGAAGAAUUUGUUACCAACUGUGAUAAUGCUUAUGCUCCCAGUAAAUACCUCACCAUUGACGAGAAAUUGGAAGCAUUCCGAGGCAGAUGUCCUUUCCGUCAACAUAUUCCGAAAAAACCCGCCAAAUAUGGCAUCAAAAUCAAUGAAGCUUUUGAUAUUGUGGACAGAUUAGUUCAACCUAUCUCUAAUAGUUAUAGAAACGUGACUUUCGAUAACUGGUUCACGAGCAUACCCCUGAUGACACAUCUUCAACAGAAUCAUAAACUGACAGCUACCGGUUCAUUACGUAAGGAUAAACGAGAAAUCCCGACUAGCUUUGUGACUGCUCGUAGAAAAGAAGUAUAUAGUUCCCAGUUCGCAUUCCAAAAUGAUAUGACCCUAGUUUCAUAUGUACCUAAGAAAUCUAAAGUAAUUCUGGUGCUGUCUUCCCUUCAUCACAAGCCAAGCAUUGAUCCGGCUAGCGGCGAUAAGCAGAAACCAGAAAUCGUCACAUUUUAUGAUUCUACGAAAAAUUGUGUCGAUACUGUUGAUCAAAUAUGUGCAGCCUACGAUGUUUCCCGAGCCUCAAAACGGUGGCCAAUGACAGUAUUCUAUGCAGUUAUGAACAUAGCUGCAGUAAACAGUGAAAUUAUAUUUCGUGAAAAUAACAAGUUCACUUCAAAUAGACGUGAUUUUAUAAGAAAACUCGGUCUGACAAUGCUUGAGGGGUACCUUCAUAUGAGGAAAGACAUGAAGUUGCCAACAAACUUACGUAAACGUAUCCACGAGCAGAUUGGGGAAACUAUGAGCUACCCGACUACUUCUAAAACGCUCCGAAAGAGAUGCAAAGACUGUCCUAAUUCCAAGGAUAAGAAAACCAGGCAUUAUUCAUCAUCAGAAGUUCUAACGGGUUUGCUGGGAUUACGACAAGAAGAAGUCGCGUGUCUNGCGUGUCUGGUAUGCGGUGAUGACGUCUCUGGUAUACAUUACGGGGCACUAACUUGCGAAUCUUGCAAGUGGUUCUUCAAAAGCACCGUGCAACUGGACAAGCAAGACAAUUACAACUGCAAACAAUCAAGACUUAAUUGCGAAAUAACUGUGUACUCUAGAUCUUGGUGUAAGCGUUGUAGAUAUAACAAGUGUCUUAGUAUGGGCAUGAGACCACAGUUGGUGACUAAGAAAGAGAAUAUCGAGACCAUAGAGAACCUUGCAGGUCCCAGUAUCAGACCUAUCACGAACUUCUGGCCUGAGAAGAAAUCUCGUGAGUUCACAAACGACUGCUCCACUUAAAUCGUCACAUUUCCAUAUGGCACCUUUUGUAAUAGAUGCCAUAUUUAUAAGAAAAUUUCAAGUCUGAUGUGUUAUGGUCUGUGCAUUCGUACUAUACACAUUCGCAUUUAUUAAUUUAUUCUUCUCUUUAUAAGAUGCUACAGUUUCUAACUUGAUAUGAAUGUGUCGUCCAUAUUUUCUAGUCUUAUUCGUACUCACUAAUCUAGUCUAUUGACCAAAAAUACUUAUUUGAUUGAUAUAGCGUAGCAUUUAAGUAACAAUUACUAGGAUUAAGUAUCUACUUACUUUUAAAAUAAAACAAAGUAUUAAUUGCCAAACCGGAGAUGCAGGGAUAGGAAGUUCUUUGGACAAGUAAUUACCCACGAUAGCCGAACGGUGAUGGGGUCGGACUGGCCGACUCGUGAUCCGGGGAACGCGGGUUCGGUUCUCGCCGCC